UAACUCUAAGAGAAAUAUAAUAGAGUUUAUUAAUGAAAAAUCAAUUUUAAUACGGUUCAGUCGUCGUUUGUGAUUGUUUACAGAUUUUGGGGGAAGGUUCUUCGUUGAAUAUUUGCUUUCUCGCAGGAAUUAGUAGCUCAAUAAAACGAAAGAAAGCUUUGUAUACUACUAGUUCCCAAAUGGAUCUAGAGACGAAAUGGCGAAGUUUAUGGAAACCGGAUUUGAAAUGUUGUCCCUGGCGUAUCCUGCAAGCUGACGAGUAUGUCUACUUGAUUAAAACUCGCUUCGGAGAGAAUUGUUACGAAUGCAUGAUUACAGACCUCACUAAUUAUUGGUGCGAAUCAUUAACAGAAAGAGAAUGUUGCCAACGUUUACAGGAACUUAAUCCCAAUCUAGAAGCUCCAAUUUCUAAAAUUCUUGAGCAUAUUAAACUGAAUAUUGAUAAAAAUCCGUCUGACAAUUUGAGAAUUUCCAAAGAUGACAAAGGAACUAUGCAUAUAUGGAUUAAUUCCAAACUUUCUAGGUUCCCUUUCACCUGGCAAUUGGUUGGAGAACCAGCACAUGAAGAAAUGGUCUCUGAGAACAUGACUAUUCCACUUUUAAUGAUGGUGUCCGAGUUGAAUCGUCGCCAGAGAGAACUUAUUCAUAUUAUUUCCAAAAAGGAUUUAGAAAUUGAGGAUUACAGAGCUCAGUCUGUUAAACUUAAUCAAAAGCAAUUAGCAACUGUUUACUUUGAUGAAACAUCCUUUGGAAACAAUAUGGUGCUAUCAAAGGAAUUUGAAGAUAAUGUGAAACUGUUGGGGACAACUGCUUUUGAAAGUUAUGGUCAGGAUCUUUAUCGGCAAAUUAUGACAAAAUACACAUGGUUGCACAAAUGUAGCAAAGCAGAUCCAGAAACCUUUGAAAUUACAAAACCCAUAGAAGAAUCUUCCAAUGUGUUCACAGAGCUUGCAGAACUGUCAACUGCUGUAGAAGAACAUGAGCAGAAGGUUAACAUUGGCCCUGACAUCUAUGAUUGCAACCAGUGCAUAUUUUCAACCAGUUCUCAAGAACUUCUGCUUCAUCAUGUCAGCAUGUACCACAGAGACUCUGCUCUAAAUAUCAAUGCCAACUUUGAUGGUCAACUUCAGCAAACAGUUCUGGCUGAUCCAUUGCCAUUGUUUAAUGCUGGGAAUAUAUCUUGUCCACAAUGUGGUCAGCACUAUAAAACUCAAUAUGGAUUGCAGAGUCACAUGAAUUCUAAACACCUUGGAAAAUUUCUAUUUAACUGCUCAAUAUGCGGUCGUGGUUUUGAUAGUUUCUGGACAUACAAAGCUCACAUUGACAAACAUCACAUACUAGAAGAAAAAUGUGACCGAUGUAAUUUAACAUUUCGUUUCAAAAAAAGUUUGUUGUCCCAUAAACGUUUCUGUGGUCGUACAAAGCACCAUGGUGGUGAGUUGUUUCGAUGUAACAUCUGUGAGCAGACUUGUUCGUCAAAAGACUCUCUUUCCACUCACAUGCGUGGUCAGCAUGGCAGUCAACAUUAUCGAUGUCGACGCUGCAAUAAGAUUUAUAAAUGGCGUUCAUCAUUGCGGUGCCAUACUGGGAAAUGUUUUAAUCAGCCAGUUAUUCUCAACACAGAAAUACCAAAUCACAAUCUUUGUUGCCGAUGGCUGUUUAACUAUACAACAAUAUAUAGGUCAAAUUUAUGUAUAUAUUAUAUUUUCUAUCAAGGAGUUGUUUUGCUUCUGACAGUCUGUAGUAUUAGGUGUACUGGGUGAGAAAGGGACAGCAACAAUACCAAAUACAUUGCUGCUCUUAAUAAUUUGUAGGUGUUUUCACAACUAGGCUUCAAAAUGUAUUUUUGCUACAAGAAAAAAAACAAAAGAAAAAGGAAAAAGACACAUUAGCAGGCUGAAGGUUGAGGAUUUGAAAUAAUUCUGUAUUGCAUCAAUAGUUAUGAGAAGUUACAUCUGAGUUCAAAUCCUAUCAGAAUUAGAUUUGAUUUUUACCUUUCACCUCGAGUCUUAUAUAAACAAGUACCAGACAAAUAGCUGGGGCUUCAGUUUAAUUCAUUAUUUUCCCAGUUGCCUACAAAUUUGUGGAUUUGUGCCAAAGAUAUCAUUAUUAGUUAAAGGACAAAAUUGGGGCUGGAUCUCAUACUGCUAUUUUUUUUUUCUUUGCUUUACACACCAUCUGUUUCUCAUUACCUUAAUCCUUUAGCAUGUAAACUGGUCAUAUCAGGCCAAAAUAUUCUACCUGUUUUAUGUUCAGACAGGUCAGAUCCAGCCUCUCACACCUACCCUACACAAUAUCAUUCUAAAAAUAAACAAUCUCAUCCUCAGAAUCAUGAAGCUACAAGGUAAUGCAUGAUUAUUCAAAACAAUGUGAAUCAAUAAACAUGACGUUUGACAGAGUAGUCUGAAUGCUAAAGGGUUAAACUCAUUCUUAAUAUUCAGUUUACCUUUCAUUCUGCUGAAAAAGGAAUUGUCUUUUCUGAAAUUCCUCUCUUACAUAAAAACAUUUUCAACAAUUACAUCUCCUACACCUACAAAUCCCAGCCAACUACCACAAUGACCCUCUUAAAUCAGUCAAUGCCUCCUAAAGCUUUUAAAUAAAUCCUAUUUCUUAUAUAAAUCUAAUCUUAACGUCAAUUAGACUUAUUAACUUUAUAGAUUAUUUAUUCAAGAUAAAUGUUAUUACUUAUUUUUCCUUAGGAAAAUGAUUUGACUUAAUAUUAAAAAAAUCUUUUUCCAUUCUAAGUUAAAUAUAUAUUUUAUAACUGAUUUUAGUGUUGUUUUGUUAAAAAAAAAUCUAUUUUCUUUCUCUAAACAAUUGUGCCUUGGCAGUUAUCUUCACAUCUUAUGUUGUUGCUUAUAGUUAAUAUAUUUGUUGGGUAUUUAUUGAUAAUGUUGAAAUUUCUUGCAUUUUUUUAUUUCCAUAUUAAAAUUAACUACUUCCAAAGAAAAUGAAUUAGAUAACUUGUUACAGAAAAGACACUUAUAAGUUGCUAUUUGGUGUUGCAAUAGUACCGGCAGCAACAAUGAACCUCUGUGUGGUCACCUGACCUGUUAGAAAAAGCAGCCAAAUUACACCCAAGCAUUUUAAAAAGAGAAAGCAUAUUUUUGACGAUGUAGUACUUAAAUAUACCAAAUCAUGGAAUAAUCAUGGCUGGAGUGCUUCUAAUCAUGACUGCUCAGUCAAGGUUGAUCUGAGCUCAGGCUAAACAACAACACUGUCAAUAGUAUUUACUGAAGUCAAAAGAAGAAAAAAAGUAUGUAAAUAUUUAUGGAAGUGAAAUUCUAUGUGGAAUUAUUUAAUUCAAAUACCAAGAUAUUUUCUGCAGAAUGGAAAUAAGUAUGACUAUGGUUAAGAAGUUAACUUUGCAACUACAAGGUGUUGGGUUCAAUCUCAUCACAUGGCACUUAGGGCAAGUGUUUUCUUUCUUAGCCUUGUGUUUGUCAAUGGUAGAAUUUGGUAGAAGGAAAGUGUGGAAGACUGUUGUAUGUGGUUAUAUCAACAUUGGGAGCAAACUGGUACAUACUCACUGAAAUAUCUUGUGACAAUUGUUAAUUACCAUUAUUACAUUGCCUACUUUACAUUUCAUAUUUUAUGAGAAUGAUAGAGGAAACACUAGCGAAAGCUCUGGGUUGAUAUCAUAAUCGACUUGAAGGUAGGGCCCCAGCCUAGAUACAGUCCAAUCACUAAAACCAAUAUAAGUAAAAGAAUAACUAUUUUUCUGAUGUGCCAAAGACACUUAUGUGUUUGUUGUGCUAUAACAGAGUGGUCAGCCUAAACCAUGAGUUACCUGCUGGCUAAACCAUUAUGGGAUUUCCCUUGUUUGGAUUAUUUAAAAUGUUUUGAUAUACAAAUAAUAAUUCUUUCUAAUUUUGGUACAGCAUCAGAAAUUUUAUUAAGGAGUGCAGGAUGUCAAUUACAUUGACUCCCCCAGUGCUCUACUAGUACUUUUUUACCCCCAAAUGAUGAAAGGCAAUCAACUUUGGUAGUAUUUGCAUUCAGAGAAAAAGAGCCGGAAGAAAUACUGCUAAGAAUUUUGUCUGGCACAGUAGCAAUUCUACCAGCUUGCCACCUUAAUAAUCCUUUCUACUGAAAGCACAAGGCUUGAAAUUUUGAGGGGGGAACUAUUGGUUUGCUUCGACCCCACUGAUUCACUGUUAUUUAAUUUAUUGACUGUGAAAGGCAAGGUUGACCUUGGCAGAAUUUUAACACAGAACAUAGUGAUGGGCAAAAUACUGCUAAGCAUUUCGUCCAGCAUGCUAACGAUUGUGUCCGCUCACCAUCCUGUUGCCACCUUAAUAAUGGUCGAUAUAAUUCUCGAUCUCUCACAACUUGUGACUAACUAUAUCAUCAUAGCAGUCAUGAUAUCCUUCUAAAUACUGAUCCAUUGUCAAUAAUAUAUAAACCUAGGUUUCAUUAGUUUUCUGCUCUGCUAAAUCCACGAGCCUAGUUGUUGAUAUUGUCACAUGUUUCCCAAACUAACACUUCCACCUGGUCUUUCAGUGGGUGCCUCUAACAAGAUUCACUCUCUUGUAAACACUUGGAGCAGACCUCCAGUUUUCUCCCUUCAGUAACACCACUACCACUUGGUCUUUAUAUGCCUUCAGCAAAGUUAACUGUGUUUCAAGUAUUCAGAUUAGAAUCUCCAAGUUUUCUUCCUUCACCGGAAGGCCUAAAACCACCAUUUGGUCUUUGUGUACCUUUAAUGAGGUUCACUCUCACUCUUUUGUAAGCAUUUGAACCAGACUAACACUCACUGUAUCCUGGCAGCCAACAUGUUUCCUGAAGAUGUCAGAGAAGAACUAGAAAGGUCUUGGUACUGCCCCUCUCCUAUGAGACUAUUUGCUAUAAAAAAAAGUAAAUAUUACUAAAGGUUUGAAUAUCAUAACACAAUAUUACUCACCCACUCCCUAUAAAUCUGAGGUUUGUAUCGAUGUCAAUCAAUUUUAUCAAGCCCAUCUUUAAAAACAGUAGCCAAAUUUCCUCCCUGAAUCACACCCUAUUGUCAUAAAGAAAAAUGCAGGAUGUUUUGGGUAAGGAAUUUAUGCAAAAAAA